GUGAGAAGGUCAUUCAGUCAUUUAUUUAUCGGGCGUACACAGUGACUCCCAAAUUUCCACAUCCUAAUGACGCAUACAUGCUUGGCAUACGGACCAUACGCUACCACAGAUCAAUCGACACACACAUACUGGGGGGCUAGGAAGGGAGGGCAGGGUGGAGACAAAGACCUUAGCCAAGGAAACCUUGGUAGCGGGAGGCUGCACGCAGCGUGCACUGUGUGUCUGCAGUGUGUGUGCGCGCUUCUAUCGAGCCUUUGUAUCUUUGCUUCAGUUCAUUUCUGAAAGACGGCAUACACUGUGCCUGUCUUCUGAAGAUUCAGCUACCCACAUGGCUUUGUCUCUACUGUAGACGAUCGGCUCAUUUGCUUUCCCUCAGCAUCAAGAGCGACAGCUUGGAAGUACUGGCAUUUCUCGGCGCCCUCUGGGACAUCCACCCAGUGCUCGAAUUGCUUUCUCUCAACCUCGGCAUACACUACUGUCACCGGCUUAUCAUAUUGACCCAUGAAAAUCCGCCAUUUCUGUGUGCGAGUAUCACCAUUCCACGAGAAGUGAAGCCGGAGAGUCUUCGCUUUGUUAUUGUCAUCCAGGAGGGCUGUCGACGGCCACGCAGGGGUCCCGAUCCAAGGAGCCUUGAUCGUGCGAUACGCCCAAAGAUUCCGAGACGCAAAUUGCAUUUCGACCACCGAUUCUCCCUCGUCAGUCACUUCAAGGUAAAAAGGGUUUCCUCUACUGUAUCCUGAUUUCAUUUGAAACCCCAGGGAAAUCGCACGAUUGGCGUUGGACAGGCGCCUGUAUCCACCGAUGGCGUAACUGACACGGACAGGCACGCAAGGAAAUGGAGGUAUCAGAUCCCGAAAGUAUCAGCUGCAAAUAUCUUUAUUUCCAUACGACGGAAGGCCGGAGUUGAACGAUGACACGAGACGAGCAAUCUUCUGCGUUGCGUUGACUUCGAGUUGAUAGUCCACAGCGCGAGCCGUCCCGAUUCCAAUUCGGUAGUGAUUGUCGAAGAGUGUAAUCUUGUUAUCUCCUAUAUCUCUCCCGUCGUGUUGUCCAAUGAAUGUGCCCCUUGGGUCGCCGAUGAUCCUGCCACACAACGCCGAUCUCAGAAGACAGUCUGGCUUCCUUCCCGGCGUUACCUGAAGUUUGCACCCCUGCCCCCGAGCCGCCAUAUGAUCUCGCCUGUAUCCCUAUGUAUCUUGACCAAUUGACUCAAGAUUCGCAGCGAUAUGAGAAUGCUCCCGUCGUCCAUCUCCUCCAAAGAGUUUGCAUGUGCAAUAUCCCAUACGCGCCUGUCAAGAAGUAUGCAUUGAACGGCAUGCAUAUGUACCGGACGCCAUCUAUUUUUCGAACUCGACAUACGUCCGGGCUCUUUCAUCGGCAUGACCGUGUACGACACCCUUCUUUCGCACAUUUGAAGUGCUUUCCCACAGUAGGCGAGGCAUGUGGUCCCAACUUCGCCAUUCCAGUAUGACUUGCCCUGGAAGGAACGUAUACCAGACAGAGACAGAAUUCGACUGUCUCGUUACGAAUCUUGUGGUGUGAUUUCUUGAACGAUGAAUCCAAUUAGCGACGCCAUACUCGAUGAUCCGCCAAGCUUCAGCUUCCCGUUUUUCUUGUCUACCUUAAUUGGCUGAGGGUCAUAUACCAUGAUAAGGCCAGUACCCUUCCUUGCUAGCUGGAAGUCAUGAUAAUUCCAGCGAGCCCCGUGAUCCGCCGCGAAAGCAGCGUCUUCUGAGUAAUCAGCCCCACCAAUGACGAUCGUAUCGUUCUUCUCCCGAAGAACGAGACGCUGGUCACGUGUUGGGGAAAAUGCCCUCAAUGGUAGUGGUUCGUAAUAGACAGGAUCACCGAGGGAGGUAGUGAUCAUUCGGAACUUAUCGGAUUCAGAGGAGAUGUUGAGGUUCCAUGAGGAGGUGAACACAUAUCCAGGGGAGAGUCUGGUGAGGUCCCCAGCUGUCACCUCCAUUCGUGGGUAUCCGGAAGGGAGAGUCCUGCACAUCCACACACCCAACAAACACAUUUGACCAAAACAAACAGAUUGACCACCUGUAGGCACAGCUUGGAGCAUAAAUAACACUAUCAUCCUCCCCUUCGUCUUCACAAUCAUCACUGCCCAUGAUAUGCCUGGGGUCUUCGGGGACGGACGUAGUGUUGCCAUCGUUGGCCCCACCUAGCAGCCACAUCAUAUCAUUCAUCUUCCUCAGAAGCUGCACAUCCUCUGGACUCGAUACAGAUUUGCCUGCGAAGUCGCGGGAGUCCGUGUUGGAAGAAGAAUAUGUAUCUUCUCUGCGCCAUGAGAUUGUGAAGCUCCAUUCGGCAGCGGGCAAGAUGUCCCCGCUGACCCUGAUACCCGACCGAACAUUGACGUAGGCUCUCUCGCCGGGCUUGAAGGGUGUGCUGGGCCUGAACCAUAUUGUUCGGCCGUCCUUGAGGAUGAGGAUGCCUUCAUCCGAGUGUUCGCCCGAUUCUUCACCUCGGACGCUAAUCUUGCCCUCGAUGCUGUCUUUGUCGGGGUUGCCAUUCGGUCGGAAGGCGAUGGUCGUGAAGGGCGAGACGAGUACCGCGUAUGGAAGGGGGUGCGCAUAGACAAAAGGAGUAGUCUCCUUCAAAACUUGAAGGUUCACACAAGGCUGCGGCUCACUGUCUUCAUCCCGCAGCUUAGGUCCUGCCUUCGGGUCAAUCCCAUUCGUGCGAAGAGAAGACAACAGCUGUUCUGUAUUGCGUCGAGACACAGCUUCAUCACUGAUCGCCUUGCCUCGGCGCCCCAGCAAGGCAACAGCAACAAAGAGAAUAUUCACACUGUGCAAGACCGGUGAAUUGAGGUUUCUGGUACACAUACACAGGAG